AUGGCGGGGACUGUAGCUACAGCUCAAAAUACCACCAUAUAUUUCAAGAGUUCUUCAGAAAGUACCACAAUAAGCAGCCAGUUUAACUUAAUCUGUAAUAUAGAGAGUGAUGAGCGCCAUAUAUUUUAUGACCGAAUUUAUAUUCGUCGAAAUAAUCUUACUAUUUGUCGAUAUGACCAUGUAGCUAUUUCUUUUAUGUGCGAUGAUGAAAUUUAUGUUGGAUACUUCUCAAUAUACAAUAGAAAUUACAUCUGUGGUUGUGUUAAUGUGAACAGGUACAAUACAAUUUUUAAUUUAACAAUAAAUGGGACAAGCAAGGAAGAUAAUGGUACAUGGGGUUGUGAUACAAUGUCUAUCAACAAAACCUUGUCAGUGAUAGUUAAAUAUCCACCAUCUAUAAAUAACAUAACAUUAGAACCAAAUAAAGGCGAAAUAAAAGAAGGAAUAGAUGUUAAGUUAUCAUGUUUAGUUGAUAGUUUUCCUAAGUCUAAUAUAACAUGGUCUGUCAAUGGGGUAGAAAAAAUGAACAGGGGAUCAGAUUUUGUUAUACCAAAAGCUAAAUGCGAGGACUCAGGAAAAUAUACAUGUUGGGCCGAAAAUGGUAUUAGAAGUAAAGCCUCGAAAACAGAGCAAGUAGAUGUUAAUUGUUCUCCUAGAAUAAAUCUGAAAGAAAAGCCAACAACGCUGAUAUUAGCAUCUUCAACUGACUCUGUGAACUUGACAGCCACAGUCAUGGCAUAUCCUGUUCCGAACUUUACAUGGAAAUAUCUUUUAGAAGAUAAAUCCGAGAAACCAAUAACAGAUUGGAGGAUGAAAAUAAAAUCAGAUAAACUAACGUCAUAUUUAAAUAUUCUUAAUAUAACUGAACAGGAUUUUGGUAACUAUAUUAUGUAUGCAAAGAAUAAAGAAGGGGAAAUUUCUUUUGUAUUUACUUUAAAAGAAGAUCCUGAUACUGUUCGUCAAGAUGGUAGUUCUGGCGACAAUGACAAUAAACUUGGUACUGGUAUUGGUAUUGGAUUUAUUGUUGGACUAUUGGUUAUGGGAGUAAUUGUAGUAAUAGUUUUCUUUAUUUGGAAGAUACGAGGAGAAACAGGUAUAAACGUCAGACAGCUGAUAUUGAAAUACAAGAAAAGGUCUCCUAUAAAAGAAACUGGCACCACAGAAACAGCACCAUCAACUAGACCAACUUCAUCUUCACGACGUUGUACAACGGUAGAAUCUGAUGAUAAGACAUAUGAAGGUCUAGAUAUGGAAAAUUCUCCAAAACAAACAUACGAAGAAAUUAAUAUUUAUGAAAAUCAGAGCGCUGUAGCUUAA